UCUAUGACUAAACCUGAACUUAGGAAGUGCGUGGUUCGAGAUUUUACAUUACUUUUUAAAAUAUUUCAAGAGCAAGUGCGUUGGUUUAGGCAGAUUUAAAAUGAAAUCUAAAAAACGCCACCACGACUCUUCUGAAGAAUCAGAAGAGUCAGAUGCUAGCGUAAAAUCUAGCAGCACAUCGGAAAGUGAUAGUGAUGAUUCCUCGGUAUCGGAGCUCCGGCACAAAAAGAAAAAAAAACGUGCUGAUUCUUCAGAUUCAGACAGUAACUCUGAUCAAAAACGUGCUAAGAAACGUAAACAUAAGAAGAAAAAAAAGAAGCAUAAUAAGAAAAAACGCCGAUCUGAUUCCCUCGACGACAUUUCUGAUGAUGCCAUUUCGAUAAGCGACGACGGCGAAAUCUCGAGCAAAAAGAGACGAAAACACAAACAUAAACAUUCCAAACGAGCCCACAGCUCUGUUAGUGAAGAUGAGAGGUAUGAAAACCAUGGAGAGCGUCGUUUGCAUAGCGUAGUGAAAGAACGUCGCGCAUCUUCAGAGGCGGGCAGUCAACCUUCUCGUACUUAUUAUCAGAAAGAAUAUCAUGAGCCUGCAUCAACUGACAACUAUACACGUGAACAGGAACUGCAGAAGUUUUACAGAGGGACAAGUAAAGAAAAACGUGACUACAGGGACAAUUACAACUAUGAACGAGAAAGGAGUGACAGGUAUGCAACUCAUGACGACAAAUACAGACAGAGGGACAAGUAUGGACAAGGUUCACAUUUUACUUCCAAUCAAGAAUAUAGUGGAAGGCAGAGAGAAUAUAAUGAUUAUAAGAGGCCGGUAAGAUAUGAAGAGCCAAGGCGCGAAGAUCAUUACAAGAGAACACGCGAACCACAGUACGAGCCAAGAGAAGAGUCGAGAGGCAAUAAUAAAUACAACCGUUAUGAAGAGAAACCUAUUAAAAGGCAAGAGUAUGACGACAGAAGGGAUUAUCGUGACAGACGUGCCCCUGCUGAGCCCGAGCGGUCCCAUGUGAAGGAAUAUGAAAAGAGGGAUAAGUACCAUGACGACAGACCUUCACUAGAACAGAGCCGAGACGUACGCCGUGAUAGGCCGAGCAGACCAGAGAAACCGCCUGUUACGUCACAGUACAAAGAGCGCUCAAGAUCCAGAAGCGAAGACCGUUCGUACAAAGAGAAAAGAAGAGACGACAGGGAAGACAAAAGCCGCGACAGAUACAAGGACGAGGGAGGGGAGAGAGUGCGCGACCGAUACAAGGAGGAGCGAGACGAGCGACGCGAGCGGGAGCGCCGCGCCGGCGACAAGUCCGAGCCGCCCAAACCACGAGAACGGAAAAGCAGGUUCGAUAACGGGAACGACAAAGAAUACAGCUGGGGUAAAAACGACGACAAGAAAGAAGGAGAAAAGAGCCAAGAAGAGAAAGAGAAGCCCAACUUCGGGCUGUCGGGCAAACUGACGGCCGACGCGAACACCGUCAACGGAGUCGUCAUCAAGUACACGGAGCCCGACGACGCCAAGCAACCCAAGCGACGAUGGAGAUUUUAUCCAUUCAAGGGUGACAAAGCUUUGCCCAUCCUGUACAUCCAUCGCCAGUCGAGCUUCCUGAUCGGGCGCGACAAAAAGGUGGUGGACAUCGCGCUGGAGCACCCAUCCAUCAGCAAGCAGCACGCGGCGCUGCAGUACCGCGCCACGCCCUUCACCCGCGCCGACGGCUCACAGGGCCGACGCGUUAGGCCCUACAUCAUCGAUCUCGAGUCUGCGAACGGCACGUUCGUGAACAACAAGAAGGUAGCCCCGCGGCGCUACACGGAGCUGCUGGAGCGCGAUGUGGUGAAGUUCGGCUUCUCCGCGCGCGAGUACGUUUUGCUGCACGAGAACAGCAAGGACGACGCGCAGGACGACGACCAGGAGCCCGCCGUCGCCACCACCGACCGCAUCAAGCAAGAGAAGCGCGCCAAGGAGGCGGCCGCCGCCGACGGCGACUGAGGUACCUACUUCUACUUGUUACUUUAUAAUAGAGAGUUCUAUGCUCGUUUUAUUUCUUAUGUGCUAAAUGCACUUGAUAUAGCAAGCGCUCUGGGCACGCGGACUGAACGCUGUGAAGACAUAAUGUAUGGCGCUCUGUGCAACGAAAUACAUGCUCCCGGUGCGCUCCCCUUUCUUUUCAUAGAACACCAUACAUUUUGUCUUCAUAGCGUCCCGUCUGCACGCCCGGUGUGCUUGCUAUUAUAUCAAGACAAUAAGGUUCAAAUCUAUAGAGUGCAGUUAGACUUUGCUUAGACUUAAGAUAGCGUUAAAACGAGACAGCCUUUAUAUCUCUACGUAAAACUAUCUCGUUUUACCUCCGUCUUAAGUCUGAGCUGAGACAAAGUGCGCUCUUUAGAUCUCUUACUAAGAUCAAAUCUAUAAACCAUACUUUAACUUUGCUCAGACUUAAGACUGAGUAAAAAAGAGAGUUAUGCCUCUAACAUAAGUCUUUUUUGUUUUAACUCUUAAGAAAAGUCAAAGUAUGUUAUGUAGAUUUUAAUUUAAGUCCUCACAAAGGUUGACCUUCACCGUAAGCCGAUGAAACUUAUUUUUAUCAAUCACUGCACCUCAACGAACAUACCCAUGUAUGGGUUGGUAUUGAAUUAACAAUUUAAUAUUUGAUGAUACUAAAAAUUCUUCACACCAACUUGAAUUAUUAAGGGUAGUCUUAACCUGAUUUCAUUAGGUCAUUCACAGUUUAUUAUUUAAUAUAUUAUAAUGAUUGAAAAUCUAUUCGGUGAAGGUCGACCCUAUCUCAUAUCUCGUUCUUAGCCUAUAGGAAAAAUAUAGACAUAAACAGGCUGUCAUACCAUGAAAUUGUUUUAAAAAAGUGUAUUAAAAGUAAGAUAAUGUACAAAAACUACGGAAGAAUGUUUCAUAUUUUCUGUAUUUUAAACUUGUUGUAUUUGCAAAGAUUGUUCUAUUUUUUCUUUGCUUAAUUUUUCAUAUUUCAAAAUCUCCGUACUAUGGAAGAUAUGAAACAAAAUGCGGUUAAAUGUUCACAACUGACUUAAUGAACAAUUUGAAGCAGUCUCUAUUUUUUCUUUAGCCUUUGGAUGUACUCAUGGGCUGUAACCAAUUUAUUUUAGGGAUCUACUUUUUUUGGCACUGGCGACACCAAUGGAGCUUAACUUAAUGUAAAUAAAUUACUUUUCUACAUUCUUUAUUUCAUUUGCUGAAACUGUAAUAUUUGCCAAAAAUGUAUUUUUUUGUCUUGUCGAUCUUGAUACCUAUAAUAAAACGUGUUUAAAAAAUAGCAUCUCUUGCGUGUGAAAUAUUUUUGACUCUUGCCAAUUUAUUAACUCUGUUUUAGACUUUGGUUUUCACGACUAAUAGUUUAAAAGGUUCUUUAGGCAAGCUUCCAAUCUAUUUUUUGUUUUUAGUCUUCGGAACUAAAUAUAUUUUAAGUGAUCGCAAUAUAAUGUAUGUUAGUAUUUCGAUAUCUGUACUUUGUUGUUUGAUCAGUACCUAAGU